AUGACAAACCUUGAGCAAGGGCAUCAGACGCCUGCCGUCUGUCAGUCAACGUUGGGAAGUUCAGUGCGUGGUGUUGAAAAUGGCGCGUCUACUGUCACGGCGGACACCGCUUACGACGCCGAAGACAAUAAUGCAAAAGAAGUCUCCAACGGCAAUGAAGCUUGUUUCAAUGACCAGAAUCUCCGAGUGCCUAACGCUCGCCAUUGGAACUCAAAAUACAAACUAUUUGUUUCGUUUAGUGCCAUUUCUUCUUAUUUUGUUAUGUGGGUCAAUGUAUUCAAUCUCGCCGUCCAAUAUCGAAUAAACCUGACCUGA